CUUCAUACCGGAUUAAUAGAACAAUCGCGUUUGUUGGUCGAGAACGAGGCGAGCAGAAGUCUGGGUGAAGACGAGCUAGUUAGCUGACUGUCUGCUCGGGAGAUGGAGGAGCAGGAGAGAGCUAUGGAAGAUGAUGCUUUGGAUUCAAAGCCUCCACUGACCACUGAAGAGGAUGAGCCCAAACACACAGACCUCCAUGGGUCUCAUAUCACUGAAACACAACAGGAGCCCAGUGAACCUGCACCUGAAGACAAUGAGACAAAGCGACAGUCCUCAGAGCUGCUUGUUAUCAACAGCCUAGCACCUCCAGACAGCUGGGAAACAGUCCACACUGAUACCAGACCUGAGGAACUGACAAAGACAGAAACGCUCAUACUGUCACAGACAGAGAAUCAGGCCGCGAUGCAGACACAGGACCAGACACAGACAUUAUCACAGACAGAAAAUCAGGCAGCGAUGCAAACACAGGACGAGACACAGACAGAGAAUCAGGCAGCGAUGCAGACACAGGACCAGACACAGACAUUAUCACAGACAGAGAAUCAGGCAGCGAUGCAGACACAGGACCAGACACAGACAUUAUCACAGACAGAGAAUCAGGCAGCGAUGCAGACACAGGACGAGACACAGACAGAUGAGUUCAUCAUACUCGAUCAGAACGGACAGCCCCUGCAGUGUGAACGCAUGGUGCUAGUGAGCGGUCAGUCGGACAACGGAGAGAUGUAUGUUAUCCCCUCUACUCAGCUAGGAGGGGCUCAAGUGUUACUGCCCAGGGGACAACUGCUGGACAUCAUAGACCCUACAGGCUCCUGUGGGGAGAAUACUGCUGAUGAGGAAGAGCUUCACACCAUCACGUUAACAGCUGUUACUGAUGACAGCAGCAGUUUGACCACAGUAACAUCGGCUGCAGCUAAGACCUCGGCACAGAGCUCUCAGGACUGUUUCACCUCUCCUCUGAAACCUCUCCCAUCCAACGCCCCCAACUGGGCCCAGAGGCUUCAUAACGCUGAGAAGAUCGGGGACUCCUACCGUGGCUACUGUAACACAGACACGGAGCUGGAGGCCAUUCUCCUGCUCCACAAGCAGCAGACCAACAGUGUGUUUGGGACGCGCCAGUCCCCCUCCCCUGCCAAGCCUGCCAGCCGUCUGAUGUGGAAGUCACAAUACGUACCCUACGAUGGCAUCCCUUUUGUCAAUGCAGGCAGCAGAGCUGUAGUGAUGGAGUGUCAGUAUGGCCCAAGGAGGAAAGGCCUCCAGCCCAAGAAGACUGCCGAGCAGACCAUCAGGCAGAACGCUGAUUACAAAGCCACAUGUCCUGCCAGGAUCUAUAUCAAGAAGGUGUGUAAGUUUCCGCAGUACCGGGUGCCGACGGACCCGAACGUAGACAAGAGGGUUGUUCGGCAAGAGCAGGAGAAGGCCUUUUUCAACCUCCGGAAGACCCUGUGGGAUGUGGGCGGAGUCCUGAGGUACUACAUGCAGCUUCCCACCCAGAAAGCUCACCUCUACCAUGACAUGGAGGCUCUCCUCCCACCUCCUCCUCCAGACCUCCUCUUCCUCCCCAUGGAGGAGGUGGAGGAGGAGGAGGAGGAGGAGGAGGAGGAGGAGAGGGGAUGUGUCUGUGAUGGAGGUGUGGAGGAUGGUGGAACCAUGCCAUCUCGCCUCCACCCCAGGGUGGCAGAGAAAAUCAGGGAGUUGGUGGAUCAGGGAUAUCAUCAGGUGUACCAGGUCCGCAAACAGCUCAGGCGGUUUGUGGAGCGGGAGAUGUUUAAAUCAGAGGAGGUCCCAGAGAGACAUAACCUCUGCUACUUCCCCACCGUCAAUGACAUAAAGAACCACAUCCAUGAGGCCCAGAAGACCUUGCAGCAGGCUGGGGUCAUCACUGACGUAACACAGCUCUUUCAGCUAAAACUUGUUGUUCUCCAUUUGUCACGCCUGAUGUUCGCUGCCUCACCUCAGUGGACUGAAGUGGACCCAAUGACUGAGACUGUGACUCUGACCCUCACACCAGCCCCUGCUAAAGGUGCCCUCCAGAGAGUAGCAGUGUUGGAGGGGAGCGACACGUUAUCGCCUGAGGCCGUACAACUCUUCAGCUCUCUGACGUCCCUGCAGCCCAAGAUCUUUGCCCAGCUACAGGGCAUCCAGCUCCAACCAGGCCUGUGUUCUUUCGAUGGAGGUCUGUCUCAGUUGUCUAAAGUCACAGACUCCCUGGAGCUGCCCAGCACCUCACCCCCUCAGUUCCUCCAGUCCAGCCCUUCCCAGGGGGAAGCUAUGGCCCUGGCUGACCCCUCAGUGGUUCUGGGCAUGGGUCAGGUGGUCGUGGUGUCAUCGUUAGGGGACGGCCAGGUGGUCAGCGUGUCAUCGUUAGGGGACGGACAGGUGGUCAGCGUGUCAUCUCUAGGGGACGGGAGUGUGGGGACACACCAGAUACUGUUGGAGGACGGACAGACCAUCCCUGUCCAGAUAGUUUCCCCUGCUACUAUUGCCCUGACCAGUCCAGAGGAGGUCAAGGAGGAGGAGGUCACUGUCAACCCUGUAGAUUGACACCCGACUGGGGUGUGCCGUACACCAGGGUGUAUUUAAGCCCUCACAGGGGCGCGUUACAUCUAUACUAUAUACUAACUGUGAGAGGGGUUGGUUUCACCUCAGGACUGUCAUGUUUAUUGAUCACGUUUAUUGGACAAUUGACUGAAAAUGCAAUUAAUGCAGUGUUUUCUGCAUGUUAUGUUUUUUGAUAUCAUCAUGAGGAACUUAUUUGCCAUCUCGCUUUAAAAUCAUGGAAUCCAACGAAUCUUGUAUAAUUAUUAAUUUAAAAAUGACAACUACAAGAGCCGUGGGUGUAAAAAGUUGAUAUCAUGUGUAUAUAUUAGUGCAAAGGCAAUGUAGUCUUUUUAAUAGUGUUUCUAACCCUGUUGCAUAGUCUUCUGAGAUGAUGAUGUAAUUGUACUUCAGUGGGCUACCACUCGACUCAUUAAAGCUGAUAAAGCUUUAUUUUAUUUGUUUAAGUUAAUUCAUUCCUUAAUACAAUUGUUUUAAGUUGUUUACGGACUAUUCUAUCCAUUUGCCAAUAAAGAUCCAUCCAUUAUUGUUCUCAACUGGCCUACCUGGUUAAAUAAAGGUGAAAUAAAAAAUUAA